UAAAUAUUUCGGAUAUCAGUACAAAUGUGUGUUGUGUAUGCAUAUAUAUUUAUCAACACUUCGUUUUAUGACUUCAAUUGGAAAAACAAAGAUGCAUAAGGAAGCCAGACACAACCUUUAAACUGAACUAGAUAAUUAAACUACAAUAGUAUAUGCACAGGAGGAAAACAGUAUUCUUGAGAACCGGACUGAAAUGGGGAACACUACGGUAAAAUGUCACACAUACUCCUUAACGAAGGAUCAUCAGAGUUCGGAUAUAGACAGAAAUGGGCCGUGUGAUUUUUCUUAUUCUGACAAUGGCAGCGAUUUGGUGUUAGUUAUAGAAGGGAAGCGAUUGUAUGUUCAUAGACAAAUUCUAGCGAAAUAUUCUCCAGUGUUUUCUGCCAUGUUAAGUGAUGAUUUCAAGGAACGGGAGGCCAAGGAAAUCCCACUCCCCGGGAAGAGUUACAAAGAGUAUCGUGAGCUGCUACGGGCUGUGUACUGUCACGGGGCGGCUCAUAGCAAUCGUGACAAAUGUUGGCCCUACUCUCACUUACAUGUAAAGCCAGAGACAUUUCUAUUACACAAUGAGAACGUAUACUAUCUACUUUCUCUGUCGGAUGAAUACCAAAUAGAUGCAAUCAAAGACAAAUGUGAAGAGUUCCUCUGCCUAACAACCACACAGAGUAAUGUUACUGAACAUCUAUACCUUGCCGAACUAUAUGAUCUCAAAAAGUUGCUCAAAACAAUUGUCCCCAUUGCAGCUAAAAUCUCUUCACAUAAACUUAAAUCUAGUCCAUAUUAUACUCAUAUCUCUGAUAAGAGGUUCCAGAUUAGACUUGUUCCUGAUUAG